GGAGAGAGAGAGAGAGAGAGGUUGGUCUCUCACUUAACUAACAAAACAGCAGCAGAUCUGCGGACAUAAACAAAUGCACGCAGGCUGUCUGUCCCUCCACCUGCCGUGGGAGACACUUUGAUGAUCGCAGUAGGUUAAAUUAACCGGAUUACAGAGAACCUCGCUCUGCUUUAUUUUAGCGUAGACCUCCGACGAUAUCUAUGUAUUAUUUGGACUGAAAUAAGGCAAAAAUGACGGAGCUGAGACGGCGAGGAGGAGGAGGAGACCCCGACACCACUGAAAACAUCAGUGACAAGGAAGCAGAUGGAGAUGACAAGCUCCUUUUUCCUGGUGAGGGGGAAGGAGAACUAGAGGGCGACUCCAAAGCAGACACACCAGACGUGCCACCUUCCACAGAUAACACUCCACAGUGUCUCAACAAAGCCCUAGAGGGCUUGUCAUCUAGGUGGAAGAACUGGUGGAUAAGAGGCAUAUUGUCAUUGACCAUGAUCAUUGGCUUCUUUCUUAUCAUCUAUUUGGGACCCAUUAUGCUUAUAUUAGUGGUUAUGGGUGUUCAGAUCAAGUGUUUUCAUGAGAUUAUAACCAUUGGCUACAGAGUUUACCAUUCGUAUCAUCUACCAUGGUUUAGGACUCUUAGCUGGUACUUCUUGAUUUGUGUGAACUACUUCUUUUAUGGUGAGACAGUGGCUGAUUAUUUCGGCGCACUCGUCCGAAGGGAGGAACCUUUGCAGUUCCUUGUGCGUUAUCAUCGGUUUAUUUCCUUUGCACUGUAUUUAUCAGGUUUCUGCAUGUUUGUACUGAGUUUAGUGAAGAAACAUUACCGCCUGCAGUUUUAUAUGUUUGCUUGGACCCAUGUGACCUUGUUGAUUGUGGUAACUCAGUCACAUCUGGUUAUUCAGAACCUGUUUGAGGGAAUGAUCUGGUUUAUUGUUCCCAUCUCUAUUGUGAUCUGUAAUGACAUCAUGGCCUACAUAUUUGGCUUCUUUUUUGGAAGAACUCCACUGAUUAAGCUCUCCCCAAAGAAGACCUGGGAAGGAUUCAUUGGAGGAUUCUUUGCAACAGUGGUCUUGAGUUUCUUUUUUGCGUACCUGCUAUCCCAGUACCAGUACUUUGUUUGUCCAGUAGAAUACAACAGUGAGACAAACCGCUUUGCAGUGGAGUGUGAGCCCUCAAAUCUGUUCAUGAUUCAGGAAUACACACUUCCUGCAAUGGUGCAAAAUGCAGUUAGAUGGAAAACGGUGAACCUUUACCCAUUUCAGAUCCACAGUAUUGCGCUCUCUACAUUCGCCUCUCUGAUCGGGCCAUUUGGUGGAUUCUUUGCCAGUGGCUUCAAACGAGCUUUCAAGAUUAAAGACUUUGCAGACACCAUUCCUGGUCAUGGUGGAAUAAUGGAUCGUUUUGACUGUCAGUAUCUGAUGGCAACAUUUGUUCAUGUUUACAUAACAAGUUUUAUCAGGGGGCCGAACCCCAGUAAGGUUUUACAGCAGUUGCUUGUCCUGCAACCAGAGCAGCAGCUCGGCAUCUUCAAUACACUACGCAACCACUUACGAGAAAAGGGCAUGCUGCCCCCUGCUGUGGAGGAAGCCCAAUAACAGAUGUCUCCAGCUGGUGUCCUGUUGAACUCAGUAAGCAUUCACCCAGGAGUGUGAAGGCACAAGCACACUCCCAACCGACCUGGAGCUCCCAUUCAGUGAGAGAGAGUGACACCCGCUGCAAACCAAACUCUCACAUUUAACCCAUUAGAAACUCACCAAAUGAAGGAGCAAAAUGACCACAAGGGGGCGACAAGGUUCUCUUAACAUCAGAGGUCUUCCAAUCAACAACCAUGCUAAAUAAAAGAUUCAAGCACAUGGUAAGUGAAUGUAUAGCACUACAGGAAAGGGGAUGACAUUGUACAGAUUUUGUGAUUCUGGCCUGGUCUGCAAAGUCAACAACUCAUGGUGGUGGCUUUAAGUUUUUGAGAUGCCAUAAUACUCAUGGUUAACCUUUAAAUGUGAGUUUAAUUUUAACAGGGGUCCUAAACUCAAAGCAUUACAAAACAGUGAGUCUAAAACAGAAGCAUGUCUGUAAGUCUUACUGUUACUGCUUAAAAUAGCCAUGUUCCCUUUCCCAUGAAUCAGUGUGUUUGUGUGAGUGUGUACAUAUCAUCAUAUGUAUUAUUGUACAUAGAUAUUAUACACUAGAUCACAUAUAGAGAGAGAUUAUACAUUUAUUAAUAUAAUAUAUAAGGCUUAACAAAUUCUAUAAAAUAGUAAGUUAGUAAAAUAUGCAACCAGACCUAAACUUGUCUUAUUUUCUUUAAUCUAGCAUGAGAGAAACAGCCUUUUUGAGAAGGUGAUUUGUGUUCCCCUCCGUGACCAUAGGUUUUAGUUGCACUGUAACUACACGAGUCGAAAGAUUCAAUUCGCUUUUCAGGUUUUAAUAUCAAAAAGCACUGGUGCUUUGAGUAGAUAUCCAAUAAUUGAAAAAUUUUAUUAUUUUUUUAUUAUUAUAGUAUAUUUUAGUAUCCUCCUUGAAAUAUUGUUUUUAGCUACGCAUUUUUAAAAACCUUACUUUUUAUUUUAAUUUGUUGAAAUCUUACUGAAUUCUUUACCAAACAAAUGUGUAGCCAAGCACUGUCAAUUUUGCUGUGAAAAUAAAAAAAAACUAAAUAUCACACCACAAUUAACAUUGUCAAAUGCUACAAUCUUGCAGUAGAAAACAAUCCUAUAAAAGAUUGAACAAAUUAGAUCUUGAUUUAGGCACUACAGGAUUACUACAGGUUAUCAUCACACUUUUUUAGGCUUUUAGUUAAAAGAAGUAGAUUUGUAAUAACCUGUGACCAUCGCCCUAAUUACAAAUCGGGGCUCAGUCAUGUAGUUUGGGACCAGUUUUCGAUGGGUGUAUUGUAAAACUUAAAAGAAAAAGACAAGUGUGACCCCUUACCUUAUUCAUUCCUGUCUGCAAUAGGUUUACAUGUUUCUUUCCUUCACAUCUGCUGUCCAGUAGAUGCAGUCAAAUGAGAAUCUUGUGAUUGUAGUAAUAUGAAUCCUAUCAGACCAAAAAGAGAGUGCACUUCCAGUUGUCUAUAGCUUAUUUUGUGGAUGUCACGAUAUUGUAUUAGUAAUUUAGUUUUUUGAGAGCUGCUGUACAAUUUAAGUUGUAAUGUUGCCCAACAUAAUAAUGUGCAAGCUUGCACUGUUAAGAAGUUUCACUGAAAAUGGGUUUCAAAUGACAUGCUCAUCAUGGUUUUUGUUAUUUGUGGUUUUAAAAAAUGGGAACUUUUAUUUAUGUCCGUUUUGAUUUUCUGAUUAUUUUUUUUUUUAAAUACAAUUUUUCAGUAGUAAAUAUUUACCAGAAGAUAAAGAAAGUAAUAAGUUAUGGGCAAUACUGGUGGAAUAAGUAAGAAUUAUUGUGAUAUUACCCUUGGUGAAUAAACUUCACUUUUGACUUUC